AAAAAUAACCAUUAUUUAAUGUCAAUAUUUCCAAUACGAAACACCCCAUUUCUAUAAUUUUUUUCUCAUCAAAAUCACAUAGCAUAAAUAAAUCUAAUUUCCCCCACUUUCAUCUCCAACAUUUUCCUAAUUUCCAAGCUCUGUUCUAGUAUAUUUUUUCUUCAAAAAACAACUCCUUGGUCCCUUAUAUUUUCAGUUUGAUUUUCUUGUUCUAGAUCUUAAUUAUAUUUAUUUGCUAAUUUUUCCCUUUGUGUUCUUAAAUCUUAGUUUAUCUUUAAUUAAAACCCAAAAUCUACAUGCGUUUUUGAAAAAUAGAAGGCAAAAAGAAAAAGCUAAUGGUUUCAGAUAUGGAGUCUACCGGAGAAGUGGUUAGGUCAACAUCCGCCAGUAACGGCGGCGGUAUUACGGUGGUGGGAUCCGACUCUCCGUCCGAUUUUCACGUAGCUCCGAGAUCAGAAAGCUCAAAUCCAUCUCCUAACUCCGUCGGUCCUCCACAACAGUCUCAUCACACGAAUCAGUUCGCGGGAGUAGCUCCGCCGCCGUUAAUUUCGACGGCGACGACAACGAUGAUGGAAGGUAUCUCCGGCGGCUCAAUGAAGAAGAAACGUGGACGGCCAAGGAAGUACGGACCGGACGGGACGGUUGUGGCGUUAUCUCCAAAGCCGAUUUCAUCGGCGCCGGCGCCGUCGCAUCCUCCGACGAGUUCACAUGUCAUCGAUUUCUCCGCCUCUGAAAAACGCGGCAAAGUGAAGCCAACAAACUCUUUUCACAGAACAAAGUAUCAUCACCAAGUCGAGAAUUUAGGUGAAUGGGUUCCUUGCUCCGUCGGUGGUAAUUUUACACCUCAUAUAAUCACGGUCAACGCCGGUGAGCCUGAUUCCUCUGGUGGCACAUUGACAUACGAAGGCCGGUUUGAGAUUUUAUCAUUGUCCGGUUCAUUCAUGCCUAACGACAUAGGCGGAACUAGGAGUAGAACCGGAGGAAUGAGCGUAUCGUUAGCAAGUCCUGACGGGCGUGUGGUAGGCGGUAGUGUCGCCGGUUUACUAGUAGCUUCGAGUCCGGUUCAGGUGGUUGUAGGAAGUUUUUUAGCCGGUACGGACCAGCAGCAAGAUCAGAAACCAAAAAAGAACAAACACGAUUUCGUGUUGACGACGACUCCAACCGCUGCGAUUCCGAUCUCUAGCGCGGCUGAUCAUCGGACAAUCCACUCUGUAUCGCAUCUUCCGAUCAAUAAUACAUGGCAGGCUUCUUUAGCUUCUGAUCCAAGAAACAAGUCUUCCGAUAUUAACGUUAAUUUAACUUGAAAAUGUCAAAUCUUCCUCUGUAUUCUCCGUCAUUGAGUUGUGUUUGGUUUUUCCAAAUUAGGGUUCUACUAAACUUGUAGCUUUUCUUAGGGUUUUAGGGGUCUUAUAAUUUCCGUUUCUAUCUUGUUUAUUCGGAUUAAAUCAUCUUGUUUCCUUAAAUUUUGUUGAAACUGCGUCAUUUUGUCUGUUAUUAUUGUAUCAAGCACGAAUCCAUGUAUCGGUUCAUCCAGAUGUUCGAUUCGGUCUGUACUUAAACCGGUUGAAAUGAUCCAUAUACCCAUUCAUGUAA